AACCGGUCCUUCUAUUUUUGAGACUGACCUGCGAGUCCAUUUGAUCGAUGAAGGCCAUACAAAUCCCUUAGAAAAGCUUUGGGACCAAAAUGGAGGGUUUUUUAUUGUAGAGAAAAUGAGACCAUAUGAAGAAACCAGCAGACUGGAAGAAUGGCAGAAUGAUGAGCCUUCAGUUUCUGAGGGUUUCCCAAAAGAGAAUUUAUCAGCAUCUCCUCUGGCCCUUUCAAGAGCAAGGCAGUUGAUUUCUUUCUACACAAUGUCUCAAAAUCCAAACAUGAAACAUUUACAAAUAAACAAGGCAGCACAACUUCCUCCGCUCUGGAUACGAUGUGAACCUUCUGACCCAAAACAGACUAUUUGGCUUGGAGCAGAAUCUUUGAGGAAUGGAAAUAACCUUUCGGGAAUCAGGCUUCACACUGUUACUUGCAACGGUCCCCUGUCAAAUAAUAAUUAUUCUCUUGGCUUGGAAGAAUUGAAAGAAAGUCAUAGAAUGAGACAUCAUGCUUCAGAUCUGACAGUAACAGGCUUUGCCCGUUACGGAUUUCUUGAAUCCACUUCACUGGACUCCUUGACUCAGGAGGAUUCCCUUAUUCCAUUGGAGAGAAAUAUAUAUGCAGAUUUUGCUUGGGAGGGUGUGAAAAUGAAGCUGCAAACACCUCCCCUCUCAUCUGCUGCUCUGCUGACAGUUCAGAUAGCUUCUGGGAGCCCCUUGAGUUCUGUAUAUGAGCCAAACAGAGAAUUGCAGUUUCUUUUGAGUUUGGCUGAAAUCUUGAAGAAUGGGCUAAUAAAAUGGCCAAAAGCCCCAGGAAGAAAAUCUGCUGUUGAAUUAGUACAGAAACUUUUGAAAGAUUUAAAAGAUGAAGUAGAUGGACUGAAGUCACAAAAUGACGAUGAUACUGAGGAUAACACUGCUGCAGUCAUUGGUUCCAUGAAAACACUUUUUAGUCAGCGUGGAGAUCUUGAUUUCCUUGAACUGCUGUGGUGUAAUAUAUGGAGAAAUGUGGCUACGCAUGAGGAACUGGUGAAGUGUUUUUCAUUGGUAAUAAGAGCCCUUCAGCAUGGAGCAUUGCAGACAUGGAUUCAUCAAGAAAAUAACAGCUUACUGAGCAACUUGAUCAAGCAAUCUUACCAUGGAAAGAUGGAAACAGUUGCUCUUGAUGGAGAUUCUCCCAUGCAAAUGCUUCUAGAAAUAGGCUUGGAUAAAAUGAAGAGAGACUAUAUCAGCUAUUUUGUGGGCAAAGAACUUGCCAUGCGCACUCACUUGGAUUACUUCAUGUCCACUUCAGUAGAUCUUCAGGAACAGGUUCAUCGUAUUCAGAAACUACAUCACGUAUUGGAAAUUGUGGACAACUGCUUGGAUCUUAUUAAACUAGAACAUGAGAACCUCAUCUUUCUGACACAGUCUUGUAUCAAUUACUAUAAAGAAAACCCUCUGAAUGAAAAGCAGGCAUUUCAGCUACCAGUCAGGACAAGUUUGGUAAAGGAAUUUUACCAAAAUGUUCAUCCUCAAAUAUGGAGAGUGGAAAUCAGCAGCGGUCAAGGACCAAAAAGGGUGAAAACAAUAUGGCAGCUGAGCAGCACCCCUCCAGCUGAACAUAUGCACCCAACCAAUGGAGAUUCACUGGAUGACACCGAGAUCUGUGGCAACAAAGAGAAGCAUUUUGUCAUUCUUUCUGGGUGCUCUCAGGUGGACUUCAUCUAA